AUGGUUGUUCCAGACGAGGUCGACAUCAUCAUUACUGGUGGAGGAUCAUGCGGCUGUGUCGUUGCUGGCCGCUUGGCCAACUUGGACCACAACCUCCAGGUUAUGCUCAUUGAAGCUGGAGAGUCCAACCUCAACAACCCUUGGGUCUACCGACCCGGUAUCUACCCCAAGAACAUGAAGCUCGACAGUAAGACUGCUUCGUUCUACUACUCGAGACCGUCUGAAUGGCUCGGUGGUCGUCGUGCUGUCGUACCCUGUGCCCAUAUCCUGGGAGGCGGUUCUUCUAUCAACUUCAUGAUGUACACUCGUGCUUCUGCUUCAGACUACGAUGACUUCCAAGCUAAGGGCUGGACCACCAAGGAGCUCAUUCCCUUGAUGAGAAAGCACGAAACAUACCAGAGAGCUUGCAACAACCGUGAUAUUCACGGCUUCGAAGGCCCAAUCAAGGUUUCUUUCGGCAACUACACAUACCCCGUUAUGCAAGACUUCCUCAGAGCUGUCGAGUCACAAGGUAUCCCCGUCACAGACGAUCUUCAGGACUUGCAAACCGGUCACGGAGCUUGUCACUGGGAGAAGUGGAUCAACAGAGACACUGGACGUCGUUCAGACUCUGCUCACGCAUACAUCCACAGCACUCGUUCUGUCCACAGUAACUUGCACUUGGUCUGCAACACCAAGGUUGAGAAGAUCAUUAUGGAAGGUGGCAGAGCUGUUGGUGUCAAGACUGUUCCUACUAAGCCCCUGACUCCUGGACAAGACCAAGCCAAGGUCUACCGUGCAAGAAAGCAGAUUGUUGUUAGUGGUGGUACUCUCAGUUCUCCUCUGAUCCUUCAACGCUCGGGCAUUGGCGACCCCGAGAAGCUCCGUGCUGCUGGUGUCAAGCCUCUCGUCGACUUGCCCGGUGUCGGUUUGAACUUCCAGGACCACUACCUGACCUUCUCGGUCUUCCGUGCGAAGCCUCACAUCGAGUCUUUCGACGACUUUGUUCGUGGGGACCCCGUUGUUCAGAAGCAAGUCUUUGAUCAAUGGAACAUCAAUGGUACUGGACCUCUCGCCACCAAUGGUAUCGAAGCUGGUGUCAAGAUCCGACCAACUGAGGAAGAACUCAACCAAAUGGACUCCUGGCCCUGCCCCGAAUUCAGAUCUGGUUGGGACAGCUACUUCAAGAAUGCUCCAGACAAGCCCGUGAUGCACUAUUCGGUGAUCGCUGGUUGGUUCGGUGACCAUAUGCUCAUGCCUCCUGGCAAGUUCUUCACCAUGUUCCACUUCCUCGAGUAUCCGUUCAGCAGAGGCUUUACUCACAUCACUUCACCAAGCCCCUAUGAUGCACCCGACUUUGAUGCCGGCUUCAUGAACGACAAGAGAGAUAUGGCACCCAUGGUCUGGGGCUACGUCAAGUCCCGUGAGACUGCCCGUCGCAUGGACGCCUACGCAGGAGAAGUCACCUCCAUGCACCCCUUCUAUGCCUUUGACAGCCCCGCCCGUGCCCUCGACAUGGACCUCGCCACCACCAAGGCAUACGCCGGUGAGAACCACAUCACCGCCGGCAUCCAACAUGGCAGUUGGUCUAUGCCCCUCGAGGCCGGCACUGCACCUUCCCCAUCCUUCCUCAACAGUAACAAGCAGGACAUCCGCGAAGACCUCACCUACACCAACGAAGACAUUAACCACGUCAUCGAGUGGACAAAGCGCCACGUCGAAACCACCUGGCACAGUCUGGGCACCUGCUCCAUGGCACCCAAAGAAGGAAACUCCAUCGUCAAGCACGGUGUCCUCGACGAACGCCUCAACGUCCACGGUGUCAAGGGCUUGAAGGUUGCUGACUUGUCCAUCUGUCCCGAUAAUGUGGGCUGCAACACUUACAGUACUGCUUUGCUUAUCGGAGAAAAGGCUGCUAUGCUUGUGGCUGAGGACUUGGGUUAUUCUGGUUCUGCGCUUGAUAUGAAGGUGCCUAAUUAUCAUGCUCCCAGAGAGAUUGCUGGGUUGUCUCGUCUGUAG